AGAGGACCGGCUUCCAACUGCGGCCCGUGGCGGGCCUGCUCUCUGCCCGUGACUUCCUGUCCAGCCUGGCCUUCAGGGUGUUCCAGUGUACCCAAUACAUCCGCCACGCCUCCUCGCCCAUGCACUCCCCAGAGCCGGACUGCUGUCACGAGCUUCUGGGGCACGUGCCCAUGCUGGCAGACAAGACUUUUGCCCAGUUCUCCCAGGACAUUGGCCUUGCUUCUUUGGGUGCCACAGAUGAGGAGAUUGAGAAGCUAGCCACGCUUUACUGGUUCACUGUGGAAUUUGGGCUCUGCAAACAGAAUGGAGUGGUCAAAGCCUAUGGAGCUGGCCUCCUGUCCUCCUAUGGGGAGCUCAUCCACUCUCUGUCCGAGGAGCCUGAGGUCCGCGAGUUUGACCCCGAUGCUGCCGCCGUGCAGCCCUACCAGGACCAGACCUACCAGUCAGUCUACUUUGUGUCUGAGAGCUUCAGUGAUGCCAAAGACAAGCUCAGGAGCUACGCGACUCGAAUCCGCCGUCCCUUCUCGGUGAAGUUUGAUCCCUACACGCUGGGCAUCGAGGUCCUGGACAGCCCCCAGAAGAUCCGGCGCUCGCUGGAAGGGGUCCAGGACGAGCUCCACUUGUUGGCUCAUGCCCUCAAUGCCAUGAGCUAGUGCCCAGGCCCCUCGGCCCAGCCCCUCCUGCCCCCUCAGCUCCUCGCCCCCCGGCCCUCUGUCUCCCCUCCCCAAGCUAGCCCAUCUCCCCAGCCCCCACCUUGAAGUUACCCGUGGAUCCCUGGGGCCGGCAUCGGGAGUCAGGGCUGGGGCAGGCGCAGGGAGCGUUCUGCCAUUCUGUGCCAUCUCAGAGCUCAGCCCCAGA